AAGCAAGCAAGCAGUUGCUUCUUCUUCUGGCGGAUUGAUCUGCGCUAAAGGAAUAUUAUUUACAUUGAAGUUUGUGCCUCGUAACUUGCAUUAUGACGACUACUGAGGUGAAAAGGCCGAGCUCAGAGCAGAGGAAGGUGCGUCUACGUGAUGCAGCUCGCUGUAGGCGGAGUCAGGAGACGGAGGUGUUCUACGAACUUGCCCACUCGUUGCCCCUGUCACGCCGCAUCACCUCCCACUUGGACAAAGCUGGGAUCAUGAGGGUGACCCUCAGCUACCUGCGUAUGCGCCACCUUCUCCACUCAUCAUGGACUAAGGCAGCGGAGGAGGAAGAGGAGGAUCCCACUGAUGCGUUCUAUCAGCAGGCGCUCGCUGGCUUUAUCCUGGUGUUGAAUGAAGACGGGGACAUGGUCUUCCUCUCUGACAAUGUCAACAAGUUCAUCGGCAUCACUCAGCUGGAGUUGCUUGGCCAAAGUGUGUACGAGUAUGUCCAUCCAUGUGAUCAAGAGGAGCUGAGAGACCUUCUUACCACCAAACCUGGACUCUUUAAGAAGAAGUGUGACAGUUGUACAGAGUGCAACUUCUUCCUGAGACUGAAAAGCACACUUACAAGCCGUGGCAAGACCGUGAACAUCAAGUCUGCCACCUGGAAGGUGGUUCACUGCACAGGCCGCAUGAAGACGCUAAAUCAGGAAGGGGAUGGCUCAUCCCCUGUUGGGAGCUACAUGACUCUGCUGUGUGAACCCAUCCCCCACCCGAGCUGUGUGGAGUUCCCUCUGGACAGCAGCACCUUCCUCACACGCCACAACAUGGACCUGCACUUCAUCCAGUGUGAUGGCCGGGUGACUGAACUUGUUGGAUACCAUCCCAAUGAUCUGAUUGGCCGGUCUGCCUAUGAUUUUUUCCAUGCACUUGAUUUUGAUCAUCUGACAAGGAGCUUGCAUGUUUUGCUCUCAAAAGGUCAGGUGUGCACUAACCAUUACCGCUUCUGGCUGAAUGGAGGAUUUGUUUGGACUGAGACCCAGGCAACAGUGCUCUACAACAGCAAGACCUCGCAGCCUGAAGCUGUGGUGUGCCUCAACUUCAUCCUCAGUGCGGUGGAGGAGGCAGACACUGUGUUCUCCGUUGAGCAGACACGCAGUGAGGUGAAUCAGGACGAACCGAACGUGAUUGAGGUGGAGGACUCUGAGGAUGACAUGAGUAGCAGCAGCAGCAGUAGUGAGCUUUUCCACAGAUUUAAGAACGAUCCUGAGGAUCUGCUGCAGCUGGCACCAGCCCCAGGAGAUACCAUCAUACCACUGACAGUGAAUACCGAGUUGUUCUUUUGCCCACCAUCCAGCCCCACCACAGUGCCCAAAUGUCCAAAGGAGCUGUGUACCCCCAAACUCCGCCAGCUCCUCUCACCCAUAUUCGACAGCAGCUGCCCCUCCUCCCCUGAUCUGAGCUCGGCCGAUGAGGUUCCCAUGGACACUGGUGAGGUGGAGAAGUUCUUUGCCAAUAAGCCAGAAGAGACUCAGAAAGAGCCAGUGCAGGAGCUGGAUGACAUGGAUCUGGAUAUGUUGGCACCGUACAUCUCCAUGGAUGAAGACUUCCAGCUGACCUUCCUGCCCCAGUUACCUGAGGCAGAGACACAGGCUGCUGAAGCACCAAGCACAGCUUCUAAGAAAAGAGGCCUGGAGGAAAAGGAUGACAUGCCAUCUCUAACCUCCAAAUGGGAGAAGAGACUGAAGAACUGCCCCAUAGAGGAGGAGUUUCUGCUCACACCCUCCUCGCUGAUGGACUUGCAGGUUUCAGGUGAUUUAGAAGAGCUGGAUCCUGAGCGUUGGAAACAGAGUCAGCUACUGACAGACCGAGACCCUGUGCUGGGAGGAACACAAGCACUGUGUGAUACAGCAGCUUUGAUGCACGAUUCUUUCUCAUCACAACCACCUGAUUUAAUGGCUCGUCUAACAGGGACUAUAUCACUAGUUUGAGGAGAGAAAUGUAACCGGAAUCAUGAAGCUACAGCGAAGGUGCUUUGUCUUUAUUAUGAAUUCAUAAUAAAAAUGUGUAAUGGUCACAACACA